GUAUGGUCAACCCAACUACUAUUUUCAGGAGUGAACAAAGGGCUGCCCAGGAUUAGCAAGCAGCAUUAAACGCCGGCCGAUCUAUUUUUACAGCGUUGUUGAAAUUGAAUUCGCAGCCACAUGGUCCCGCCAGAGGUGCUCAUUGUUCCCGGGCGGCGCCUCCAAGCCGCGGGGCAAUCCUGGAUGUACAUUCACAGCCAAGUUGGACAUGGACACUCGAAACUUCAGUGUCUCAAAGCACUCCUCAUCAGAUCGCCAAAUUGCAAACUAUCUGGAGAUUGCCUCUUCUCUGGUGUCCCCUAGUACCUUUCUUUUCACUAAACGCCCCAGGCCUCAGUCGUAUUCUUCCUAUUCUGGGACUGCUUUACAGCAGGCAGCGCGCACUAUGGAUAAAGCACAUCAUCCUAGCUCCUUUCAACAGUUGGAAAAGCUUGGAGAAGGUACCUAUGCUACCGUGUUCAAAGGACGUAAUCGACAAACUGGCGAACUUGUUGCGUUGAAAGAAAUCCACCUUGACUCGGAGGAAGGAACACCGUCGACGGCAAUACGAGAGAUCUCGCUGAUGAAGGAACUGAAGCACGAGAGUAUUCUUUCGCUUUACGAUGUCAUCCACACGGAGAACAAGCUGAUGCUAGUUUUUGAAUACAUGGACGAAGAUUUGAAGAGGUACAUGGACACCAGGCGUGAACGUGGACAGUUGGACCCUCUCACCAUUAAGUCCUUCGUGCACCAGCUCCUCAAGGGGAUUGCGUUCUGCCACGAAAACCGAGUUCUUCACCGAGACCUUAAGCCCCAGAACCUCUUGAUUAACAAAAAGGGCCAACUGAAGCUUGGAGACUUUGGCCUUGCUCGAGCAUUUGGGAUUCCCGUCAACACAUUCUCCAAUGAGGUUGUGACUCUGUGGUACCGUGCCCCUGACGUCCUCCUGGGCAGCAGGACAUACAAUACGAGCAUUGAUAUUUGGUCUGCCGGAUGUAUCAUGGCAGAAAUGUAUACGGGUCGUCCGCUUUUCCCAGGAACCACAAAUGAAGAUCAAUUGCAGAAGAUCUUCCGCCUCAUGGGCACGCCAUCGGAGCGUUCCUGGCCGGGCAUCUCGCAGCUCCCUGAAUAUAAACCAAAUUUCCACGUGUACGCCACGCAAGAUCUGGGUCUUAUUCUCCCACAGAUCGAUCCUCUCGGGCUAGAUCUACUCAACAGGAUGCUCCAAUUGCGACCGGAAAUGCGUAUCACCGCGGCUGAUGCACUGCAGCACCCUUGGUUCCAUGACCUCCCCCAAGUGCAGGCACAGUUACAGCAACAGCAGCAGAUGGCCGGUGUAUACGGAGGGGUGAUUACACCUCAGCAGGCGUACUGAUGCGGGGAUUUCCAUUUUCUUUUUCACUGUUGUAACGAGAACCCAGUUUCCUUACUUUAAAUUCGAGGUUAUUAAUGAGCAUGGCGUUCGUUAUACCAGACAGGUUGUCAGCUUACUGAAUCAUAAUUUGCUUCUCCCCGCGGUGGCCUAAAACACCUCACGCCCCUACUUGUUUGAACCAAUGCAUAUCCAAUCUGAAGUUAGAGAAUUGUACGUUUGGCUUUGCGUUUCGUUUGUUAUCUAUGUCUUGCUUUUCUGGUCGGCACUCAGAGUAACUUUAAGCUGGUCGUUGGAGAGGCUAUAGUUUAUCUAUAAUGUUAAUUCAUACCUCAAUUUUUUUUCAAAAAAAAACUUGAGCAU